AUGGCUUUCCCCAGCGGUGGAAAAGACGGAGCCCCCAAGUUAACAGUAGAGCGGGCCACAGACGAGUUGUCAGGACAACCCCAGCUCGAGUGCCGUAAAGCUGCGUGGGCCAUCGAUGUGGAGGUCUGUCAAAAUAAAAAAUCCAUUAAUAAUCUCAAAGUGACGUCCAAGUAUUCUUCAGGACCAGAGCAUGACAGAAAUAUAGAUGUAGAAAUUGAAGAGAAUGAAAAUUUCAACUGUUAUCUUUAUCCGACAAAUCUACUCAACUGCUCGUGGACAUUCCCCUUGCUUAAAGAUGCUCAGCUCUUUGUCUAUAUCAGCAUUUGUGAUAAUAACAGCACAGUUCACUACCUUAGUCUUUCAUCUGAAGAACAUUCUGGAUCAACAUCCAUUGCCCUGAGGGAGUAUGAGAUGCUGUAUGUUAUCGUCCAAUUUAAUGUAUCCUGGGACCAUAUGUGGAUUGUGUACAGCUAUGUGUACGACACUGAAAUGAUGGAGGUUUUGCCUCCACCUGUAAACAUCGCGGCAUCAGUUGUGGAUGAAGGCCUAAUGGUAAGCUGGGAUCCGCCCCGAGAUCGUUCUAAUUCCAACUCCCGAUGCUUUGAAUACCAGUUGGAUGUGGGAAACCAGGAAAAAAAACAAAUCCGGGCGAGGCAGGUCACAAUUCCCAAUGUAGAUCCUGCAUGUACCUAUAGGGCAAGGGUCAGAGCCAGGAAAAUAUCUGCUGCUUGUUUGGGAUCAGAAUUAUGGAGCGACUGGAGUAAUACUGUCACAAUAGAACCUUUAAUUCGCACACUGAAUAUUAUGGUGAUUGUCUCAAUUGCACUUGGAGUACCCAUGAUCCUCCUGACUCUGUUGUUGCUGGUCCGCAAUCAGAGGGUUAAACAGGUUCUGCAUCCCACAAUUCCAUGCCCUGCAUUAAAGUACAAAUAUUUCCUGGAAGAAGAAAACAUACUCAAUUUCUAUCGUCCUACUCCAUCUAUGAAGUAUGAGGAGGAGAUCACAGUAGUGGAGGAUACAGGGAAACCGUUUACAAAAUAG